AUGAGAGCCCUUACAUCUUCGCGGAUGAGCACAUCGUUGCCGGCUACUCCACCCGCGGCCGAGACCACUACGCCCCACCCUUCUACGACGCCUUCUCCAGCGCACCCCGUGUCUCCCAUUGUGGCGCUGACACAUACUGCAACGUCUGGCUACCCGUCACCCGCGUCACACCAUCUCCUGCCGUAUCAUCGCCCGAUGCCGUCUCUGUCUCCGCCCUUCCUCGGAGUACAAGAUCGCCAACAACUGAGCUCGGAGGCACUAUCUCCAACGGCAGUGCAGCCUGUGGAGCCGGUCGUCGUUGGGUCCACUACAUCGAGACCAGUUCCUCUGUUUAAGACGCCAGGACCUGCUUCCUCAAGAUUCGCGCUGGUUUCACCUCUAGCAGGCGCAAUGACACGUCCUGGCAACAAAACAUUUGCCGAGGCCGUCAGCAGCUGUUCGCCUGCCACCUCAUCUCCUGUGCCUUCUGUCAAGAUCGAUUCUGUUUUUUUAGGGGCGCCUCGUCCGGCCGACGAACAAAAUUGA